UUUUUGGUCUUUGGUCCGGUCCUUGGCAAACAUGCCCAAUAGAAAACAACCGAUACCCCGCUCGCUGACUGGUCGCGUUGAUCAUCAUUUUUUUAUUUUAUCCAGAUGAUGAUUUUCAUAACAUAAUCUCUCCUUCUCUCACUCAAACUCUAGCGUUUGAUCCCGCUCCUUCUGUCAAUCCCACGAUGUCAAACCAAUUAGAGAGGUACCAAAAACUGGGAUUGAGUGAAUCGCUGCCAAGAAUCUACCGAUACCCAAUAGCCUGCAAAGAGCUCAGCUUCAUUCUGAGAGCCGCUUACAACAAACUGCCCAAAAAUUUGCAAUCCCUUGUCUUCCAAGACACCCUCACCGCCUUCCGUCUCCUUCCUGAAAUGCAGAUACGCACUGCUGUUUCAGCCGCCCAUAUUCUCCAUCAGAGUGCAGAGGCUGCGUUGCCAAAGCAGAAGAGAAAUCUGGCUAUUACUGAAUUUAAGCAUGCGAUGGUUGCUCAUAAGAGGCGCUAUAAAGCCCACCAAGAAGAAAGAGGUUCUGCCCAACUGCCACAAGAUAUUCUUAUGCACAUCUUCAGUUUUCUAGAUCUGCAAUCUUUAGUUUCAGUUGGACUAGUCUGCUGGUCGUGGAACUUAGCAGCAAGUGAUGACCAUCUAUGGCAGUUGCAAUAUUCUUCCAUUUUUAGUAAUUUUGAUCAUUGUUUGAAGAGUAAGGGACAUCAGAUUGGUAGACCAGUUGAAGAUGAAGAAUUUAGAUUUUUAGAGGAGGACAUGAAUACAAGCAGUAUUGACUGGAGAGAGGCCUUUAAAAGAGCAUAUAUAGGCAAUGCGUCAAAGAAUUUAACAUCUAGUAGGGGAUACUGUGGACACUGUGACACUAUAGUUUGGCUCAGUAACUUGAAAUGCUCCAAUGGACAUCAUGGACUAAAUUCUGAAAAUCAGCAGCUAAAGCGUGUAUCACCUUGCCAGGUUGUGGAGUAUAUUUUGGAUGAUUCAUUACAAUUUAUAUCUUCCUCAGAUAGUGAUAGUGAUUCUGAUGGAGGGUCAAUUUCCAGGUUAUGGGCCUAUCCAAGACACAUGACCGCACCCCAACAGAAGCCUUCCAUUAGGAAGUAAAUCGGUGGAGUCCUUUCAUUUUGUAUAUAUUUAACGUAUUGAAUGUCCUAGUGAAGGAUAUUGUACAGAACUGAUUAACGGAGACGGAUUCCUAAAUCUCAAAAAUGGGCUUGGUAUAUGUAUCAGGGUUGCUUUUGAACUCCUCAAAAUUACACUACGUUAUGAAGUUGUUAUGAUCCUU